GAGUGGAGAGCAUCCCGUUGGCAGCAAUUUGUGAGGCAGAGAUAGGAUGUACUACUGCUGGGGGGAUAACUCCUUCAGGCAGCUGGGCAUCAACGCAGGGCGGAGGGCCAGCCCUGGGGUGGUGAGAUGCCGGGAGGGAGCCAGCCUAGGCGGCCAGCAGAUAGUUCAGGCUGCUUGCGGGGAGCGCCACUCGCUACUGCUGCUGGCCGACGGCACUGUCUGGUCCUGUGGGAACAACAAUUACGGACAACUGGGCAGGAAUAACCUCAGGAAGUCUAAGAAACCAGCACCAAUUCAGGCACUGGAAACCCAGGUAGUUGUUUUUGUCAGCUGUGGAAAAGAACACUCCUUGGCCAUUUGUAAAACAGGAAGGAUCUACUCCUGGGGAUCUGGUUCUAGAGGACAGCUGGGCAUCAAAGAAUUUAAGGAUCAAUGUUCUAUACCAAAGAAUAUUGAAGCUCUUUCCAGGGAAAAAAUAAUACAAGUUUCUUGUGGACAUUAUCAUUCCAUAGCCUUGACACAAGAUAGCAAAGUAUUUUCAUGGGGAGAUAAUGAUUAUGGUCAACUAGGACUGGGGAAAAAUUUUCCCUCCCAAGCCAGCCCUCAGAGGGUGAAAUCUCUUGAUGGUAUUCCUCUGGCUCAGGUUGCAGCAGGAGGGUCUCACAGCUUUGCCCUAUCUCUAUCCGGUACUUCAUAUGGCUGGGGAAGGAACAAGGAAGGCCAGCUGGCCCUCAGUGGCAAGAAUGCAUCAGUAGAGAAAAGCUACAAACCUCAUUCCAUUGGUGAACUGAAGAGGUUUCAUGUGACAUACAUCAGCUGUGGUGAUGAACAUACAGCUGCUCUCACCCAGGAUGGUAAAGUGUUAACAUUUGGAAGCAAUAACUCUGGACAACUGGGACAUGGACUGAUUUCUAAGACGAGGGUUCCUCAGAUUGUAGAGUCAGCUGAUUUAUUUUCUCAAAUAGCUUGUGGAAGUUAUCAUACUCUUGCAUAUGCCUACACCUCUGGCCAGGUACUUUCUUUUGGUUGUGGAUCUCAAAGACAUUUGAACAACUCUUUGCAGCAAGGCAGCCUAGAACAGAACUUCAAUAUUAGCAACUUGAUUUCUUCCAAUGACUUUACAGGUGUUCGAGUAAAAGAUAUUUUUGCUGGAGCAAAUUCCAAUUUUGUGACCACCAUCCAGUCGGAGGAUGUUAGUUCUUCGUGUGCCACUGGAAGAAGCCUACAGCAAAUCAGCCAGAUUAACCAAACCCUGAUUAGGAAAUGGACCACAGUGAAAAUUGGAAGUGAAGAACAUGAGGAGUCAAUAAGGGAGAUUCAUGAGAUAUUUUCACAUCCUGCAUGUCUGACUGCUAGUUUUUUGAAGAAAAGAAUUGACAUCACUAUUCCUAAUGAUGUUGACCUACAAAUGACAAGAAAUGUCUUUGAUAAAUUAAUCCGGAAGAACUGGAUUACAAGAACGAUAACUACCUGUCUCAGAGAUAAUACACUCAAGGUCCUUCCACUGGAUUCUCCACAUCAGGAAGCUUUAUUAGUUUUCCUUCUACUCCCAGAAUGUCCUGUAAUGCGUAAACUUGAGAACUGGCGAUCUCUAGUGAUGCCAUUUGCACAAGCUGUUUGUAAAAUGAGUGAUCGGUCAUCAAAAGUUCUGGAGAAUUGUUGGGCAUCAAUGGAGAAAUCCUCUUUCAAAUCAUUGAUUGAGCUGCUUAAACAAACCAUGUGCUUUCAAAUACUAUUUUGUUCUAACAAUAUCCAGGACCAUUAUCAUAACAAAGCUCUCCUUGAAAUGAUGAAAAAGCUUUACAAGGUAAACAAGAAGGCUAAAUCUAAAGUUCCAGAGAAUACAUUCCACAUCGGUGAACUUUGUCAUCUGUUUAAUUUUGAGGAAGACCUGGAAAAAUGGCAUUAUUUCAAAAUACUACCUUCUGAAGAUGAAGCUAACAAUCCUGCCAUAUUUGUUCAUUUUCCGUUUAUCUUUGAUCUGCCUUCCAAAAUUAAAAUUCUGCGUUUAAAUUCAUUAAUAAAUAAUCAGGUUGCAAUAUGUAUAACUGAAAGUGAUCGCCUUGCAGACUAUAUACUAAACCAAAGACCUGAACUAGCCAUAACACAUCAACUUCUACUCAAUGUCAGACGGAGUCAUCUGGUUGAGGAUACCCUGCGUCAAUUAAGCAAAGUUGUAGACAACGAUCUUAGGAAGGAAUUAUGGGUCUCAUUUACUGAAGAAAUUGGUUUUGACCUUGGAGGGGUCAGAAAAGAAUUUUUCCAUGAUGUGUUUAAAGAGAUGAUCCACCCAAAAUAUGAGAUGUUUAUGUAUUGUGAAAAAUCUUCCCUAAUGUGGUUCCCUCCCAGUCCUAAAUUUGAAGAGAAAAGUUAUUUUCUCUUUGGAAUACUGUGUGGCCUCUCCAUAGCCAAUGGCAAUGUUGCCAACCUUCCUUUUCCACUAGCUCUCUACAAGAAACUUUUGAAUCAAGAUCUCUCACUGGAAGAUUUACAAGAGCUGAGUCCUAAAUUCGACCAGUUGAAAUUACUUCUAGAUGAAAAUGCCAAAAACAUAGAAGAUUGUGACAUGAAUUUUUCGAUACACUGGGCUGGAAAAAAUGUAGACCUAAUUCCAAAUGGAAGCUCUAUACUUGUGAACAAAUCCAACAAGGAAGAUUUUGUUUCCAAAUAUAUCAAUUAUAUCUUCAACACAUCUGUGGAAAAGAUUUAUAAAGAAUUUGAAAGGGGAUUCUACAAAGUCUGCGAAAGAGAGAUACUCAACAUUUUCCAGCCUGAGGAACUCAGGGAAGUAAUGACGGGAAACCCAGAAUAUGACUGGAAAAAAUUUGAAGAGAAUUCAGAAUAUCACUGUGGCUACUCCAAGUCACAUCCUACCAUUAGAAUGUUCUGGAAUGCUUUCCAUAGAUUGUCUCUGGAAAAGAAGAAGAAAUUCCUCCUGUUUCUUACAGGAAGUGACAGAUUUCAAGCACAAGGAGUAGAGAAUUUGGGAAUUAAAUUUGUCUGCCCUGACUCUUCAAGGGAAGAAGAUCCUCCAAAAGCAAAAACCUGUUUUAAUAUUCUAUACCUCCCAAAAUAUUCUACAAGGAAAAGAAUGGAAGAAGCCCUUCAAAUAGCAAUCAGAAACAACAAAGGAUUUAUCCAUUUGACUUAGAAUCCAAACAUUUGAGAAAAAAGGGGAAAUAGGAACUGAAAAUGCACAGGAAAAUGACCACAUUGCUAGUGGAAACAUAAUUGUAAUGAAAAAUUACAUGCUUCAUUCCAGUUAUUAUUAUACCAUUAGCAUUUAAUGCAGUGCUUUUGAUGUAAAUAAGAUGAAAUGAGAUGAUAUCAAUAUAAAAAGGAGUAAUUAUAGGAAUUGAUUCAAGGAAGGACUAGCUCAGAAGAAGAAGAGACAAAAAGUAGAGUCUGAAGAAGUAUUCAGAUAGAGGAUCUGGAUAGAAGAGUGAAAUGUUCUUAGAGAUCUGCCUUGAGUGAAGAAGGUAGUGCUGGAAGUAAAUUCAUGUAGGAUAAGGAGGUUAGCCUGUUUUUGUCUUGUGCAAAAAAUUACUUUUUAGGUGUGAGAUUUUUGUCUUGGUUUGUUCUUUGUCUUUGCCACAUAUUCAUCUCAAAUGAUUAUAUAUAAUCACAGAUCAUUAGCAUAUUUAUAUUACUGAAACAUUAUGAUUAAAAACUUAAUGGUGUAA